UAGUUAAUACCAACAAGACAGCUUUCUUGGGAACAUGGGAGUUAUGCACCACAAGGGCAAAUAUGUCCAUCCACAGAAACACAACAAUAUCAUAUAUCCCUCCCUCCCUCUGAUCUCAAACUAUUCUCUGCAACAGCAUUUCAUUUACAUGAAUCACCGAUCCUUCCUCUCAAGAAAAUACCAUUUUCCGAAACUUCUUAUAUACAUACAUAAUCAAAAACCCUCAAACCCUUUCCGUCUUUCUUGUUCAAUCCACCCAUAAGAUUCUUCUUCUCUGAAAGAUCGUCAUCGAUUUAACACUUGGUUUUUUUGUUUUUUGGCUUCUUUGGGAAAUUAACAAUAAUAAGAAAAAUCAAAUCAGAUCAGAAAUUAUGGAUGUGGAUGAGAGAGGCGAAAGAGAAGCGGCGGUGGUGGAGGUCCCUCAGGGGCUGACGGCGGAAGAGUACGCGCAGCUGGAGCACGUGAUCCGCACGUACCACACGUUCGACGCAUUGCCCAACACAUGCACGUCCCUAAUCACCCAGCGCAUCGACGCGCCGGCGGAGGCCGUCUGGCCGCUGGUCCGCCGCUUCGACAACCCCCAGCGCUACAAGCACUUCAUCAAGAGCUGCCGCCUCAUCGGCGACGGCGGGGUCGGCAGCAUCCGCGAGGUCACCGUCGUCUCCGGCCUCCCGGCCUCCACCUCGACGGAGCGCCUCGAAAUCCUGGACGACGAACACCACAUACUCAGCUUCCGAGUCGUCGGCGGCGAGCACCGCCUCAACAACUACCGAUCCGUCACUUCCGUCAACGAAUUUAAGAAGGGCGACGGCAACGUCUACACGAUCGUCUUGGAAUCGUACAUCGUCGACAUCCCCGAAGGCAACACCGGCGAGGACACCAAGAUGUUCACCGACACCGUCGUCAAGCUCAAUCUCCAGAAGCUCGGAGUCGUCGCAAUCUCGUCAAUGCAUGGCCACGAAUGAUUCAUUCAUUCCUUCAUUUUUUUUUCCUCUUUCUUUUUGAAUAAUAAUAAAGGAUUGGUGAAGGGGGCUUCGAUCGAUCAAGAAACCCUUUUUCUUCUGCUGGUGAUUGUUCUUUCUUUCCUUUAAAAAAAUUAAAAAAUAUUUAUAUAUAUAUAUAUAUAUAUAUAUUGAUCAAUUUGGGAAAUGUGUCAAGUGGACGAGGCAAAAGGGUUUUCUUGGGUCCUUUUUUAAACCCUUUAAACUUGUAUAGUUGUUAGAUUAGUUACCUGUACUGUUUGGUGGGUUUCUCUAGUGUAGUGUAGUUUCGUUAGUUUUUAAAAUUCUCUCUCUUUAUCCAAUGCUAGCUAGUUUUGUUCUUUGCCUAUUCACAUUUUGAAAUUUUCGAUGAAUGAUUCGUGGGUUGAUGUUGGGCAAUUGAUCAUAUAUACUCAAAUUUGUUGUCUUUUUUUAUUGUAGAUGAUGUAUAAUAUUAGUUGUAUCUUUGAUUUUUUGGAUGGUGAAUCUAACUUAGAUUUCGUUUUGAA